GUCUCUCAGUGUGUCUCUGUGCCCCCCUAGGAGCAGAGGGAGUGGUGAACGUAUAAAACCUCUUGGGCUCCCUCCAGCCAGACUGUAGACUUACUGGAAACUAUAGACACCUGAGUGUCGCCCCACUGGCUAAACUAUCCCGUCACAAUGCUGUCACGAAAGCUGACUGUUCAUUUGAUCUUUGCUCUGGCUGGUCUUGCUCUCUCAGGCCACGUUAUUGAUGUGAGUAGCAGUGAUACAUCCACAGACACAAGCAAUGGAGAUACCAGCGUGGAAACCACAGGCAGUCCUGAUGCCCCUGAUGCCCCAGGCAAGUUCUGCAUGCUGUGCUGUACUGAAGACUGCAUCGAGGAAAGCAGCCAUGUCGGGAGCCAAGGUUGUUGGGUGCCCUGUAUGGAGGCAUGUUGGAAGGAAUGUAUGGAGCCCUAUAUGGAUCUCUGUAUGGAGCCCUGUACACAGGAUUUGUCAAAGGUGUGCAACAGUAAGGGGGACAUUAAAGAGGACGGUAAGGGGGACGUUAAUGAGGACAGUAAGGGAGACAGUAAGGAGGACAGUAAGGGAGACGGUAAGGGAGACAGUAAGGAGGACAGUAAGAGGGACGGUAAGGGAGACAGUAAGGGAGACACUGAGGACAGUAAGAGGGACGGUAAGGGAGACGGUAAGGGAGACAGUAAGGAGGACAGUAAGGGAGACGGUAAGGGAGACAGUAAGGAGGACAGUAAGAGGGACGGUAAGGAAGUCGAUAAGGGAGACAAUAAGGGGGACAGUGGGGAAGUCGAUAAGGGGGACAGUCAGAGGGACGGUACGGAAGUCGAUAAGAGAGACAAUAAGGGAGACAGUAAGGGGGACAAUAAGGGUGACAGUAAGGGAGACAGUAAGGGAGACAGUAAGGGGGACAGUAAGGGAGACAGUAAGGGAGACAGUAAGGGAGACAGUGAGGAAGUCGAUAAGGGGGACAGUCAGAGGGACGGUACGGAAGUCGAUAAGAGAGACAAUAAGGGAGACAGUAAGGGUGACAGUAAGGGAGACAGUAAGGGAUACAGUAAGGGGGACAGUAAGGGAGACAGUAAGGGAGACAGUAAGGGAGACAGUAAGGGGGACAGUAAGGGAGACAGUAAGGGGAUACAGUAAGGGGGACAGUAAGGAGGACAGUA